GAAGCGCUGUGCAUGUGAAUUCGAAUCCCCCUGCCCGAGGUGAAGGGGUCCGCGGUGCAUGUGAAUCCCCCUGCCCGAGGUGAAGGGGUCCGCGGUGCAUGUGAAUCCCCCUGCCCGAGGUGAAGUGGUCCGCGGUGCACACAGGGGAUUCGAAAACUCAAAUACGAUUUGGUGGAGCAAAACUUGAGUAACCCAAGGGCCACUGAAUUUAUGGAAAAGUAGGAGUGAUCCACGACCAAUGGAUCCAGGUUACUGUCUCCAGACUUUGUCCUAGCUAAACCCGGAGAAAAGAAACUUUUGAAGUUCUCGUUGUCAAGUGACAGAUUCAAAAACGGACCGAAAUGAUGUGACUUCAAGCAUCCAUUAUCUCUGAGGGGUUUGUAACGGACGUCCACUGAUUUUCUUUUGGCACAAAUUACAUUGUGGUUAUUUCUCUCUGGAUUGUUGUCUGUAAUUUCCUUACUUUAUUAUCCAUAUUAAUGGAAAAAUGGUUAUUUGAAUUGGAUUAUACAGAUGCCCGUGAAACGAGAACGCAAGACGGGACGUCAAACUCCAAGAAGCGAUAGAACUGUUCUAAACAUCUUCUUAGCUAAAUAACACGGAAAACAAUCAUCGAAACUUGCUUCCAUCGCUUUUGGAUAUCACGUCAGUUUAUAACUAUUGAUACAGCGCAGAGCACGCGCGUCCUAUUCCCAUUUUGCGGGUAGUUUGUUCUCACAGAUUUUUUAUUCUCCACAAUUCAUGGAAUUCUACAUUUGAGACGUCACCUAUAUUGGAAUAACAUUUCAUUAUUAUGCCAAUAUCAACAAAUCAUUAACUAUUUGAUUAAGUAAUUUUCGCGGAAUUCUGAAAACAGUUUUUUAAUUGACAUCAAGAUUAUGAAGGAGUGGAUUGUUGAAGUAUUUCACGAAUAAUUUGGAUAAAUCAAGCAAUAUUCUCAGACAAGAAUCGUUGAAUAAUGUCGCCAACUUCUACUGGGAUUGCGGUUUUACUUGGAAUUCUCCAUGUGUGCUCAGGAUCCCGUCUGCGUCAGGAGGACUCCCCACCCCGGAUCGCGGAGCACCCCUCUGACUUGAUUGUGUCCAAAGGGGAGCCGGCCACCCUCAACUGCAAGGCAGAGGGGCGGCCCAGCCCCACGGUGGAGUGGUACAAGGACGGGGAGCGGGUGGAAACGGACCGGGACAACCCUCGAUCUCAACGCAUGCUGCUGCCCAGCGGCUCCCUCUUCUUCCUACGCAUCGUCCACGGACGACGCUCCAAACCGGAUGAGGGCUCCUACGUCUGCGUCGCCCGCAACUACCUGGGAGAAGCCGUCAGCCACAACGCCUCGCUGGAAGUAGCAUUACUACGUGAUGACUUCAGACAGAACCCUGCAGAUGUGAUGGUGGCAGCGGGCGAGCCUGCAGUCCUAGAGUGUAUGCCCCCUCGCGGGCAUCCUGAACCGAGCAUAUCCUGGAAGAAGGACAGUGCCAACAUCGAUGACAGAGAUGAACGAAUCACUAUCCGGGGAGGAAAGCUGAUGAUAACCAAUGCCAGAAAGGGCGACGCUGGGAAGUAUGUGUGUGUCGGGACCAAUAUGGUGGGAGAGAGGGAGAGUGAGAUCGCUGAGCUCACUGUGCUAGAGCGACCCAGCUUUAUGAAGCGUCCCGGCAGCCAGGUGGUGCUGGUGGACCAGAGCGUGGAGUUCAGGUGUGAGGCCCGGGGCGACCCAGUUCCCACCGUCCGCUGGAGGAAAGAGGACGGAGAGCUGCCCAAGGGAAGAUAUGAGAUCCGUGAGGACCACACCCUGAAGAUCCGUCGUCUGACCUCUGCAGACGUGGGUUCUUACACCUGCAUGGCAGAGAACAUGGUGGGCAGGGCGGAGGCGUCGGCCACCCUCACCGUCCACGUCAUGAAGGUGCCCCCUGUGUUUGUGGUGCGGCCCAGGAACCAGGUGGUGGCGGUGGGGAGGACCGUCACCUUCCAGUGUGAGGCAACAGGAAACCCUCAACCUGCUAUCUUCUGGCAGAGAGAGGGCAGCCAGAACCUGCUCUUCUCCUACCAGCCCCCCCAGCCCUCUAGCCGCGUCUCUGUCUCCCAGACGGGGGACCUUACUAUCACAGAUGCAGAGCGCUCAGAUGUGGGCUACUACAGCUGCCAGGCCCUCAACAUCGCUGGCUCUGUCAUCACCAAGGCCCUGCUGGAGGUCACUGACGUUGUGUCGGAUCGCCCACCUCCAGUUGUCCGCCAGGGUCCAACCAAUCAGACAGUGUCUGUGGAUGGGACGGUGGUCCUGAGUUGCCUAGCAACGGGUAACCCCACCCCCACCCUCCUGUGGAGGAAGGACGGUGUGUUGGUGUCCACUCAUGACUCCCGGGUCAAACAGCUGGACACGGGCGCACUGCAGAUCCGCUACGCCAAGAUGGGUGACACAGGCAUCUACACAUGCAUCGCCUCCACUCCCAGUGGCGAGGCCUCGUGGAAAGCCUACCUGGAGGUUCAAGAGUUUGGUGUUCCAGUGCUGCCGGCCAGACCCACUGACCCCAACCUGAUCCCCAGUGCCCCCUCCAAACCUGAAGUCACUGAUGUCACCCGCACCUCUGUCACCCUGUCUUGGAAGCCCAACCUCACAGGAGCCACGCCCACCUCCUACAUCAUAGAGGCCUUCAGUCAUGCGUCAGGCAGCAGCUGGCAGACCCUGGCAGAACAUGUGAAGACUGAGUCGUAUGUACUGAAGGGCCUGAAGGCCAGUGCUGUCUAUCUCUUCCUGGUCCGAGCUGCUAACGCCUACGGCCUGAGUGACCCCAGCCCCAUCACUGACUCCGUCAAAACACAAGAUAUCCCCCCCACCAGUCAGGGAGUGGACCACCGUCAAAUCCAGAGGGAGUUAGGAGAGGUGGUCAUCCACCUUCACAACCCCACCAUCCUCUCCUCCUCCUCUGUCAGAGUGCAGUGGACGGUGGAGCAGCAGUCUCAGUACAUCCAGGGUUAUAAGGUGAUGUACCGAACCUCUCCAGAGGGGCAUCAGAGGAGUGACUGGACUGUGUUUGAGGUGAGGACCCCAGGGGAGGACAGUACUGUGGUAACCCAGCUCAGGAAGGGAGUCACCUACGAGUUCAAAGUUCGCCCCUUCUUCAACGAGUUCCAGGGAACAGACAGUGAGGUCAAGAUAGCCAAGACCCUGGAGGAAGCUCCCAGUGCAGCCCCUCGUGGGGUUACCGUCUCAGAGAGUGGGGACAAUGGGACCGCCAUUGUGGUCUCCUGGCAACCGCCUCCAGAGGAGGAGCAGAAUGGGGUGGUCCAGGAGUACAAGAUCUGGUGUUUGGGGAAUGAGAGCAGAUACCAUAUCAACCGUACGGUGGACGGCUCUACCUUCUCCUUGCUGAUCCCCAUCCUGGCUCCAGGGAUCCGUUACAGUGUGGAGGUCGCAGCCAGCACGGGGGCAGGCCAAGGGGUCAAGUCUGAUGUCACCUUCUUCCAGAUAGACUCAUCGGGGCGUAUGACGGAGGGUGUGUUGGAGCCAGAGAACACCCUGUCCCAGCAGAUCAGUGAGGUGGUGAAGCAGCCGGCCUUCAUAGCAGGGAUAGGAGCGGCCUGUUGGAUCAUCCUCAUGGUGUUCAGUAUCUGGCUCUACCGACAGCGUAAGAAGAGGAGUGGCCUCAGCACUAACUACGCAGGCAUCCGCAAGGUGCCGUCCUUUACCUUCACUCCUACAGUGGCGUACCAGAGAGGGGGAGAGGCUGUCAGCAGUGCUGGAAGGCCAGGUUUGCUGAACAUUGGGGAGUCUGCUACCCAGCCCUGGUUGGCUGAUACCUGGCCCAACUCCUGCUCCAAUCACAAUGACUGUAGCAUGAACUGCUGCACCGCAGGACAGGGCAACAGUGACAGCAACCUGGCUACAUACAGCCGCCCAGCUGACUGCAUCGCCAACUAUAACAACCAGAUGGAGAGCAAACAGACCAACCUGAUGGUGCCGGAGGGAGGAGUGUACGGAGACGUGGACCUCUCCAACAAGAUCAACGAGAUGAAGACCUUCAACAGCCCCAACCUGAAGGACGGACGCUUCGUUGGGCCGGGUGGACCAGGGGGACAGCCCACCCCGUACGCCACCACACAGCUCAUCCAGUCGUCUAUCCUGGGCAACAACAUCAACACAGACAGAGACAGAGGGAGAGGAGGAGGAGGGGGAGGGGAGAUGAACGAGAAACACGGCUGGAAACCCACCCCGGUUCAGCUGCAGAAGCAACAGGAAAUGACCUCACAGCUCCACCAGUAUAACAUCAUGGAGCAGAACAAGCUAAACAAGGACCACUAUAGAGGAGGGGACAGUCCCAUGGCUACCACCAUCCUCUAUAACCAGGCCCACGAGGCCCACACAGGGGGAUCCUACAACAGCUCUGACCGUGGCAGCAGCAGCACCUCUGGGAGUCAAGGUCAAAAGAAGGGAGUGCGCACCCCCAAACUACCCAAACAGAGUGCAAUGAACUGGGCUGACCUUCUGCCUCCUCCCCCUGCUAACCCACCUCCCUGCCACAACAUGGAGGAGUACUCCCUGUCUAUGGACGAGAGCUAUGACCCAGACAUGCAGUGCUCCCUGCCCCCCUCUCGCAUGUACCUGCAGCCAGACGAACUGGAGGAGGAGGAAGAGGAGGAGGAGGAGAUGGAGAGGGGUCCCACUCCACCUGUCAGAGGGGCUGCCUCGUCCCCCGCCGCGGUGUCCUACAGCCACCAGUCCACAGCCACCCUCACCCUCCCCCAGGAUGAGCUGCAACCCAUGCUCCAAGACACUGCAGACAGCAUUGGCUCUGGACACGAGCGCAGACGCCAUGCAGUGAGCCCCCCUCCCCGACCCCUCUCCCCCUCACACACCUACGGCUACAUCUCCAGCCCCAUGUCCCUGGACACAGACGGCAUGGAGGAAGAGGGGGAGAUGUUGGAGGAAGAGGAGGAGGAGGAGGAGGAAGGGGACGAGACAGACGCGGAGGUGGCUAAGGUGCACCACCACCACACCCACCCUCACCACCCCCACCACCCCCAGCAGAUGCACCCCAGGAGGCUGUUGCUGCGGGGCCUGGAGCAGACGCCAGCCUCCAGCAUGGGGGACCUGGAGAGCUCUGUGACGGGCUCCAUGAUCAACGGCUGGGGUUCGGCAUCCGAGGAGGAUAACGCCUCGUCAGGGCGCUCCAGCGCCGUCAGCUCCUCAGACGGAUCCUUCUUCACAGAUGCCGACUUUGCCCAGGCCGUGGCGUCUGCUGCAGAGUACGCAGGGCUGAAGGUGGCCAAGUACACCAACCCCACGCAAGGCCAGGAGGGAGGCCCUGGAGGACGAAAGUAUCAAAUGACCCCUUCAGGCCACCGUCCUGGCAGCCCCCUGUCCACAGACAGCAACAUGAGCACGGCCAACAUGCAGAAGAGGCCUCCUAAGAAGCAGAAACAGCACCCUGCAGCGGGCCACCCAGGGCUCCAGCGACGAGAGGCCUACCCUGAAGAUCUGCCCCCCUCCCAUCCCCCUCCAGCGGGGCUCAAGUCUCCCACUCACCCCUCCAAGACAGCCCUGGAGACCCGGGGGGUGAUGUCCCCCAAGGCAGGCGAGGGCAGGGACAGGAGAGGGGGCUCAGGAGGAGGGUACCGGCCACGGGAGGGUUCGGACCCCCGUACCAGCUCCUCAGAGCGCCGGGAGACCCAGGACAGACAGAAAAACUCUCGCACAGGGAAAGGGAACAAACAGGAGGGGGGCAGCACCAAGGCACGCCAACACCCAGGGCCAGAGGACAUCCUGCCCUACAGCCGCCCCUCCUUCCCCACGGUCCACAGUCCCCGAGACAUUGACCCCAGAUCCCCCAGCUCUAUGUCCUCCCGGGGCUCAGGGGGGCGGCGGAGAGGAGAGGGUGGGGCAGGGGCCCGCAGGAACCCGAACGACAUGGGCCUCAACACCUUGGGAGCCUUCCAGCAAGGAGACGAUGACUUAGAGAUGGUGGAGAGCUGAAGUACUAGACAGGAAGAACAGGAAGUACUGUCCAGAAUUAAGUUUCCAAGAAGAGGAAUGCUGUGAUCGUUCCUCUGCCGCUUUUAAGUAUCUCAGUAUCUCACCAUCAUGUUUGCUGAACAAUACUGUCCAUCAAUUGUGUUUCAAUACAUCUGGAAAAAAUACCAAUUGUUUUUCUAGUUUAUCGUUUUCUAUGUCCAUUUUAAACAAGAAAAAAAUAAUGCCAAGCAAAAUACCCAGUAGUAUGUAAUGUUUUAUUCCAAGGCAAUAGGGAGUAACAGUGGACUCCAAGUAUUGACAAGAUCGACUUGGCUUGCCUCGGCAAGCACUGUGGGAAGCCUUGACCUUACAGCCAGGUGUUACUGUAAUGAGAUGAGCUACAAGCAGACUGUCUUGUAAAUAUACCUGUACACAUAAUGUCCUUUUGUAUAGCAUCCAUCGUGGUACCUCGUUUUCUUAUUGUUCUUCGUUUUAUUUUGUUUUGUGAAUUAUUAUUUUAUUAUGCCAGUAAAUAUAAUUAUUUUAUCAUUUUCCAUCCAUGUUGUAAAAUGCUAUAUUAUUUAGCUGUCCCAAGAAAGUGCCACUUUGGGAUUGUUCUUUUUCUAAUGCACUGUUAUUUUUUUGAGUCAAUGUUUAUUUGUUUUACUUUGGUUUUAAAAGCACAAUCACUAAACUUUAUUUUAAGCCAUUUUAUCUAUUAACCUUUUUGUCUUACUGGUGGAAUACAGGUAUGACAAAAGAGUCUUGUUAAUCCUGAUGAUGACGAAGAUGAUGAUGAUGAUGAUGAUGUUGGUAAAGGUCAUAGUCUGUUUAUGAUGGGCGUGGAUUGAAAGGAGACUUCCUGUGUCAUGAUUGGCUCAUUUCAGAUUCUGAUGCUAGCUCAUGUGAGGACCUUCAACACAGACAGUUAUUGUGGUUCAUAGCAGCAAUGUAAAUGUCUUUUUGAAUUGACCGUAGUUCCAGCCAUUGCACAUUAAUUCAAACGGUGACAUUGUCUACUAAUGCACUUAAAAGAAUGUAACAUACAGAAAAUGGGCGACACCUUGUGAAUCUGGAGAGGCCGUGAUUGGACAAGGAGAGUCUCUUUUCCAGAGAAGGGUUUGGUCGGUGGAUCCCUUCUCUGAGGAGAGAGGGUUCUGUUGUUUAUUCGUAGGACAUCUGCAAACAUUUGUUUCGUAAAGCAAAAAGCUAAAUAACUUUAUGAAUAAAAAAUGUUCAAACUGUUA